AUGUUUGGCACUCUCCAGUUCAACCAUUCAGCAAACGCAGGGCCCACCUUCGUCGAACGAACAGACGGUGCUGCAUUCAGCGCCCUGGGCAACAACGUCCUACAGCACACGGCAUGCGACCAGUGCCGCCAGAAGAAGCUCCGUUGCACGGGGCGCAAGACAGGCUGUGAGCGCUGCAAGGCUUGUUCUACAGAGUGUACUUAUACCCAGCUCUUUGGAAGCAACGUGCGGCGCAAAGACCGAAAGCGGACGGCCCGACAGAAUGAUGCUGCUGCACAGUCGCAGUCACCGUCAUCUGAGCAGCAGUCCGAAUCGGAUACCAUGCAGAGCACGGCUGCUGUUACCAACAGAACCUCCCCGAGCGCGUCGGCGCAGGGGGGGGAUAUUGGCGAUGAGAACGGUAGUAGUUCUUCUGUUGAUCCUUUAGUGAAUCCGUUGGAUGUAACGCUCCUAGAAAAUGCGGCCAUGAGCAGCAACACUCCGGGAGAUGAAUUCGUGUUCUUCGACCUGGACCGCUCCACUUUUGACCUGCCCGACUCCAACUCAUUGCCAGAUUUUCACUGGUCACCAUAUAGUAUACCUGGAAUUCCUUCACCACGCAGCACACAGCCCGACACUUUCAGCUUCCUGGAUUCUCGCUCGUCAACAGCCACGACAGUGACACAUAUGAUCAGCAAUCCCAUCAAUAUCAGUAACAGUACCUGUGCUGGCCGAUGUCUUAAGGUCAUGAAGUCACUGCUCGAGGAGCUCGAGACUCGCAUGCAAGACAUGAUACCCUGCAAAGCAGACGUUACACUGUCGUUUCAAAAACAAUCCUGUAUCGAAUGCACCCAGGUAGUCCGCUGCAAGAGCUGCUACACAGACCCAGACGCCAUGUUGUUUCUUGCCAUGAUUUGCGAUAAACUUAUCAUGCUCAACAAGAAGAUAAUCUGGUACACGAGGGAGGGUGCUAAUUUAGAGCAGCAAUUGCGCGUGGGUGAAUAUGAUGUAGACCAGAAUGAAGAAUGGGGGAGUAUGUUGCAGCUUCUUACGGUGGUGCAGCUGCGGAAGAUCAAAGCGCUGGUAGAUGAUAUUGAGAAAAGCCCAGCAAUCGAGGGGAGGCAUGCUCAGCUUAUAAUGCUAAAGAGUGUGAAACAGCAGGUCAUUGUGCUUCUAGGGAGGAUUAGAGAGGCGCUAUUUAAGGUUGUUGAUGAGCCAUAG